GUUAGAAGAGAAAAAAUAUUUUGGUGGUUCUGAUCAUAUGAUCAAAAGGACUGAUCAAUAUGUUAACUCAUAGGUCAAUAUAUAAGGUUUACCAUUUACAAACCCCGAUUUUUUGUCCAUACCUGCAUCUAUUUUUACCACGUACAUACUAAUAUUGUGAGACUUAUUUAGAUUCUCCUGAUCAUGUGGACUACAAUUGGUAGAAUUUGAUAUUGACUACAUGUGAUGUUACUUCUUUAAUUGGGAGGCAUUCAUUUACUCGUUUUAUGGGGCUUUUAAUUAUGACAUGCUUGUAUAUUUGCAGUGUUUUAGGGGACAAACAAAUGGCACCUGAUGAUGAAAUAUCAGAUACUAUUAUCGAUGGACUUAUAGUAGAGAAUAUUAUACCAUAUAGGGAGUUAGAGGACGUGUAUGCUAGGGAAGGUCCCACGGAUUUGGAGGAAGCCAUUCGAUUAGAUGUAGAAGAUAUUGAAAAUGAAUUAAAUAGCAGUGGUGUGGUAGUUGAUGAUAAAAAUGGGGGGACCAAUGAAGCCAUAGACGAUGGUGUUUUUGUGUAUGAACCAAGUGAGCAUGUUGAUGGGGGUGAAAGUUUUCUUGUUGAUGAUUCAACAAAGCACUUUGACAACCCCGUAGAGUACACAGAGGAACAAUGCAUUGGGAAGUAUUUUACUAAUGAAAAUGAUGCGUAUGAAUUUUACAACAAUUAUGCUCGGAAGAUGGGGUUUAGCGUUCGAAAAUCUAAGUUGGAAAGGUCAAGAAAAAGGAAACAAGGAAUUAAUGAAGAGAGGGAUGUCUUGUCUCGCAUGUAUGUUUGUAGUAGGGAAGGUUUUAAGGACUGCAAUGAUAAAAGGCAAGAAGGAAAAGAAGUCAACCGUCGAGCUGAUAGUAGAAUUGGUUGUCCUGCUCGUCUACGGGUAAAAUCAAUUGAAGGGGGCUUGAUUGUUGACCAAUUCAUUUCAGGUCAUAACCAUUACCUCGUGGCACCCGAUGAAACUUAUCGGCUUCGAUCACAUCAAUGGCUCUCAGACUUGGUUGUACAGAAAAGCAAGAACCCCCGAUUUUUACCUUCUAAUAGCUUCUGAUGUUUGUAUUGAAUUUGUUCAACCGGUUUCCGAUCACAGCUGCGUUAGUGGCAGUGGUUGGAAUGAUAGAGUAGUUGUGUUUGGCUACGCAUGGUGAUGGUGGUUUGGAAAAUCUCUUAACUUCUUCUCUGGUAUCGGAGAUAUUCUCAUGAAGAGCACUCUCUCUCUCUCU